AUGCUUGGCCAUGAAAUCCGCCGGCAUUUCUCUUUUGCAAAUGGGUAUCGAAAUCUCAAUCAUGGGUCGUUCGGAGCAUCGCCUACCGCAAUCCGCGAAAAAGCAAACGAGCUAAGGGACGAGUGUGAAGCCAACCCGUGCCCUUUUAUCAAGUACAGAUUCACUCAGCUCCUGGAUGAGUCUCGUCUAGCAAUGAGUGAAUUCCUUGGUGUCCCACAGCCCACUAUCGUUUUUGUCCCAAACGCCACUACUGGAGUGAACACAGUUCUGCGCAAUAUUGUGUGGAAUAGCGACGGAAAAGACGAAAUCCUUCAGCUUGAUGUCAUCUAUGGUGCAUGCGGGAAGACUAUCAGCUACAUUUGCGAGGCGACGCAUCAACUGGCCCGCACAAGGAAAAUUGGAUUCUCCUAUCCGGUGGAGAACGAUGAGAUCAUCUCGGGCUUCCAAAGAGCAAUCCAAGCUUCUCAGAGAGAGGGGUUCCGUCCGCGAAUUGCCAUUUUUGACACGAUAUCCUCAAAUACAGGUCUCAGACUACCUUUCAAGCAGCUCACCGCUUUCUGUCAAUCAGCAGGCGUGUUGAGCUUGAUCGAUGGCGCUCAUGGAAUUGGGCAGAUUGAACUCAACCUGUCAACUUUGGACCCGGACUUCUUUGUAAGCAAUUGCCAUAAAUGGCUGUUUACCCCCCGUGGAUGUGCGGUGUUUUACGUCCCUGAGCGCAACCAAGACAUGAUGCGAAGUACACUACCAACCAGCCACGGAUUUAAAUCUCGACCGGCUGGCAGGUCUCCAAGUAAAAACAAUGGCGACAGCUAUGGAAAAUCGGAUUUUGUGUUGAAAUUUGAAUUCGUUGGCACCACAGACAACAUCUCCUUUUUGACAGUUCCGCAAGCUAUAAAGUGGCGAGAGGAGGGUUGUGGUGGGGAAAAACAUAUCAGAGAGUAUUGCACCCAACUUUCUCGUAACGGUGGACGUCGAGUUGCAGAAAUUCUCAAAACUCGGGUUCUGGACAACACUGCCAAUACCUUGUCAGAUUGCUGCAUGGUGAAUAUUCUGCUGCCUAUUCAAAGGCCCACGGAUGGAGAUGGAGGCUUAGUGAAAAACGACGAAGGGCUUGAAGUGACUAUCACGGAGUGGAUGCAGCAGAAAAUGGUCAAACAAUAUCAGACGUUUAUGCCAGUCUUCUCAUUCCAAGGAUCGUGGUGGGUUCGACUGAGCGGACAAGUGUAUCUUGACGAUAGCGACUUCGAGUGGGCCGGGUGGACCUUGAAGAGCCUGUGUGAGAAGCUAGCAGAGUAG